AUGGAGAGAGGUGACACUAAUGGUAAGGAAAUCUCAGAAGAUUCUCAUUCGAAAUCCAAUUAUCGUGACCGUAGAGGUGGUAGGUCGAGAGGUGGUUAUGGUUUUUCGAGCAGAGAAAGAGGUAGAGGAAGAGGAAGAGGAGGCAGCCGUGGAUCCUCGAGAGACUACGGCUCUUCUAGAGACUACGGUUCAAGAAGGUCAUAUGGAAACUACUCAGGUGGGCCUGAUGAAUACCGCUCAAAAACUGAACGGAAUUAUGACAACUCAAUUUUCAUUGGUAAUAUUCCUUUCGACUGCACGUCAAAGGAAAUCGAAAGUCUAUUCGAUGAUGGAUUCAACGUUGUAAGAGCCGAUAUAGUGACGAAUAGGGGUCAAUCUCGCGGAAUGGCAACUGUUGAAUUUUCAAAGAAGGAUGAUGUCCAUAAAGCCAUUUCGAAAUAUGAUCACUAUGAUUAUAACGGAAGAGAAAUAUUCGUUAGACAAGAUUAUCCUCCACCAGGUGAAAAGAAGAGAGAUUACUUUGCCAAAUCGUCGAACCAAAGGUACAGCGGAAACGAGAAUGCCGGUGGUUACGAUAGAUAUGAGAGGAAGAGUUUUGGCAAAGAAAGGGGCCCUCAGUCAGCCCCCAAGCCUGGCACUGAGAUAUUUGUUGGAAAUCUACCGUUUUCGGUCAAUUGGCAAGCAUUGAAAGACUUGAUGAGAGAGGCAGGAGAAGUCGUUAGAGCAGAUAUUAGAACCGAUAACUGGGGUAAAUCAAGAGGAUUCGGAACAGUUGUUUUUAAUACAGAAGAAGAAGCUACGAAGGCUGUGGAAAUGUUUCAAGGUUAUGAUCUUGAUGGGAGAAGACUUGAUACUCGCCCUGGUAGAACUCAAAACCAAGAAAAUGUAUCCGCCCCGACAGAACCAAGAAAAGUUAACAGUGAAUUUACUGAGGGUGUCGUGGGAGACGGUGAAAGAUCUAAUACAAUAUUUGUUUCUAAUUUACCUUUUGUCACCAAUGUUGAGGACUUGUACGAACUUUUUGAAACCAUCGGAAAGGUUUCUCAAGCUGAGAUUCAAUACAAUGCACAAGGCAAAGCAAGUGGUAGUGCUGUAGUUCAGUUUGAAGCUGAAGAGUUAGCCGACCUAGCUAUUGAGAAUUUGAAUAAUUAUAAUUACGGAGGUAGAGAUUUAGCCAUUUCCUAUGCUAAAAAAGAAUAA